AUGACAAGCAGACCAGCUUAAAGUAUAAAAUCCUAAAAUCCAUUUAGUGAUGAUGAAGAUGAUGAUGAUUUUAUUGAUGAAGUUUCUACUUAAAAUGUUAAACCUACUACCACAAAACAAGCAUUAUUUGAUAUAAAUGAUACUCCAUGUAAAUUAUAUGAUAAAAUAUCAUCUACAUUUACUUUUUUGGAUACUGAAAUAAGUAAAAUAUGUGAGACUUUCGAGAAUAGAAUAUACUCAGCAAUAUGUAUGUAUGGAGAAAGACCAAUAAAAUAAGAUCAAAAAGAAGAUGAAGAUAAAGAACAAUUAAACGAAGGAUAAGCAGAAUAUAUUUUUCCUAAAAGAGAAGACAAAAAACCCUUUAGAUUGAUAUGGAGUUUGUAAAAAAAAUGCCCAAUAAUAGAGGCUUAUUCUCAUGUAUAUUGUUAUGUAUAUAAGUUUUUAUCUGAUGUGUGUCCUUUAUCAAAAAAACAUUCUUUAGAUCCAGCUGAACCUGAUACUUUUUUAAAAAGAUAUGUAGCAGAACAAGACGAUUUAAUAGGAAAAUAUGAUUUCUACUAAUCUUAUUUUGCAUAUUAAUGA